AUAUCAGUGAAGAAGAGCCCAAAUUGAAGUAUGAAAGGCUUUCUAAUGGAGUUGGAGAAAUCAUUCAAAAGGAUGUAGCCAGUUGCAUGACAAUCCAUGAGAAAUUUUUGGCACUUGGAACACAUUAUGGCAAAGUUUAUUUGUUAGAUGUCCAGGGAAACAUCACACAAAAGUUUGACAUUAGUCCAGUGAAGAUCAAUCAGAUUAGCCUUGAUGAAAGUGGUGAGCACAUGGGUGUGUGUUCUGAAGAUGGCAAGGUGCAGGUAUUUGGAUUGUACACAGGAGAAGAAUUCCUUGAAACAUUUGAUUGCCUAAUUAAAAAACUUAAAAAUUACUCUUCUACCCAGUUAUUGUUAUUUGAAAAGAAUUGGAUGAAUAGAUGGAAGCAUUCUGUUUUACAUGAAGGAGAGGGACCUAUAAGAAGCGUGAAAUGGAGAGGAAAUCUGAUUGCAUGGGCCAACAAUAUGGGCGUGAAGAUAUUCGACAUGAUUGCUAAGCAAAGAAUCACCAAUGUGCCACGAGACGAUAUAAGCCUUCGUCCUGAUAUGUAUCCCUGUAGCCUUUGCUGGAAAGAUAAUUUAACACUGAUUAUUGGCUGGGGAAAUUCAGUAAAGAUAUGUUCAGUGAAAGAACGGCAUGCAAGUGAAAUGCGGGAUCUACCUAGCCGUUACGUGGAAAUAGUGUCUCAGUUCAACACUGAAUUUUAUAUCAGUGGGAUUGCACCUCUCUGUGACCAGCUUGUCAUUCUUUCAUUUGUAAAGGAGAUUUCAGAGAAAAUGGAAAGAGAAUGUUGUGCCCGACCAAGACUUGAUAUAAUUCAACCAUUUCCUGAAUCUUGUGAAGAAAUAUCUUCCGAUGCACUCACAGUAAGAUGCUUCCAAGAAAAUGAAUGUCGAGAUUAUUGUUUAGAAUAUUCUGAAGGUGAAUCACUUUUUUAUAUUGUCAGCCCAAGUGAUGUGGUAGUGGCCAAAGAACGAGAUCAAGAUGAUCACAUUGAAUGGCUGUUGGAGAAAAAGAAAUAUGAAGAAGCUUUGAUGGCAGCUGAGAUCAGUCAGAAGACUAUUAAAAAGCACAAGAUACAGGAUAUAGGUUUAGCAUACAUAAACCAUCUAUUAGAAAUUGGAGAUUAUGAUUUGGCCGCAAGAAAAUGUCAGAAGAUACUUGGCAAAAACACAAAUUUAUGGGAAUGUGAAGUAUAUAGAUUUAAAGAAAUUGGACAACUUAAGGCAAUUAGUCACUAUUUGCCAAGACAAGAUUCGAUCCUGAAGCCUUUUAUUUAUGAAAUGGUUCUGCAUGAAUUUCUAGAGAGCGAUUAUCAGGGUUUUGCAACAUUAAUUAAAGAAUGGCCUGGGAACCUGUACAACAAUCCAGUCAUUGUCCAUGCUGUAUUGGACCAUCUGAAGAAAGAUCCACAGAACAGGACAUUGCUGAAAACUCUAGCAGAAUUGUACACCUACGACCAGCGCUACAGAAAGGCUCUUGAAAUUUACCUCACACUGAGACAUAAAGAUGUUUUCCAGCUGAUCCACAAACACAAUCUUUUCAGUUCCAUCAGGGACAAAAUUGUUCUACUAAUGGAGUUUGAUUCAGAGGUAUGAUGGAUUUCAAGUUGUAUGUUAACACUU